AUGUCGAAAACACUGAAACGCCCAGUGGUUGGAGAGCGUCCCAACUGCUACAUUCCCGGUCGCUUGGAUGAUCGACGCAAUAGAAAUCGAACGCUGCGCCAGGAACGACGGAGAAAGCCGGAAAAGCCUGACGACUUCGUGACGUACGAGGACAGUGACAGCGAAGAGGAAACGCCGAGCCAACAGCACCAGGUCCUUAGCACAUCGUACAACUUUGUAGACUACAUAAGAAGCAGAGAGUCAGACUUACGCGAGGAACGGACGAUGGAUUCGGCCUACGCCAGCCGGCACAUCCUGACGCACGAUAUGUUCCGCGAAACGCCGAUCGCACUGGGCAAUAUCAACAAAGUGUUCUGCUCGCAGUGGCUCAGCAACCGGCAGGUGGUAUUUGGCACCAAAUGCAAUAAGCUCAUGGUGUACGACGUUAACAUGCGACGGGUGGACGCGAUUCCUACGCUACCGCACAACCACGGUGCUAGUCCCGACACGCAGUCCGGCAUACACGCGUGUCAGAUCAACCCCAGCCAUAGUGUGCUAGCGACCGGGGCACGCCAUUCGGCCGACAUUGCGCUCUACCGCCUGCCGACGCUGGAUCCGUUGUGCAUCGGCGAAAACGCACACCGGGACUGGGUGUUCGACAUGUGCUGGCUGGACGAUCAGUUCCUGGUGUCGGGAUCGCGCGAUACCAGACUCGCGCUCUGGCGCGUGAACGAGGACCUCAUGGAGUUCCCGGUGGUGAAGGAUGGCGACGAGGAGCAGGACGUGCCAACGUACGCUCACAUUUCACCCGUCGCCGUGAAGGAGUGUCGCGGUGCGCAAAAAAUUCGAGCAAUUUGCUUCAACAAGGAGUACCGCGAGCUGGCGUUACUUUCGCUCAACGGCUACAUGCAUCUGUUCAAUGCGGAAACGUUCUCGCAGAAGCUUUCGCGCAAGCUACCAAACUGUCAGGAGAACGUAUGUAUCGCUUGCCAACCGAACGGUUUGUACGCGGUGGGUUGUCGAUCGUACACGUUGCUGCUCGAUCCGAGGACAUUACAGGCUGUAAAGAAAAUCGCAUCUCGCUACAGCGGUUGUGGGAUCCGGUCAGCGAGCUUCCAGGGGAACAUUCUUACCAUCGGUACCGGCAUGGGAAUGCUAAUGUUCUUCGACAUUCGAGCCGGCAAGUAUCUGGAGUCGUGCAUCAAUUCAUCCCGAACGGUGGUUCUGAAAGCAAGUCGGGGCUAUGUGGCGCAGUUUCCGGACGAAGAAAUGGAUGGCUACCAGCAAACGAAGUACGCGCCUGCAAUUUAUACGCACUGUUACGACAGUAGCGGAACAAGACUUUUCACCGCUGGCGGACCGUUACCGGCUACGCUGAUAGGCAACUAUGCCGGGAUCUGGCAAUAAUGAUAGCUCUAAAUUGCGCUCGUAACACCGUCUUCUUGCAUGGAAGCACGUUUGGGCCUGGCGUCGGAGACGAUACGACACUGCAACGUGCGUGCUCCUCCAAGCAAAAAAAAGAAAAGAAAAGAAAAACGAUCCUUUUCAGCUCACGUCGCGCUGUGGACACUCCUAGUGCAUUGUGGGUGAUGUAUUUUUGAAACUAUUAUUGUUUUUGAAAUUAUGUCCAUGAAUAUAAUUUAUACAUUGGUAACUGCGUAACUGAUCAUUUUGCCCGUUGUGGUAGAUAGACAUCGCUGUGGCACUUAAUCAACGGGGAUCAGUCCCGCUCGCAGGAAGUGCAGUUGUACAGCGUUUCGCUUAGGCUAAGGCAUAAAGCAGCGAGAAGUGAAUCUUUCGUAACAAAAAGCUAUUAAACACUCACAAACACACACACACACACACACACACUAGACAAUUAUAAAUAAGCGAUUUAAUAAAAAGGUAUGAUUUUUUCCAAAAGUUUAGAACGCGCCUCGAAAUGAAGAUGGAUGGCAAUGGAUGACAAUGUGAAUGUCCUGGCAGGAAUAAAAAAAAAUAAGUGCAUACCGAUCGGUUGCGAUGCAGUAGUAGGACCGUGCGUUAGAUUUUGUAACUCGUCUUGCGUUUUUAAGUGACUUUAUACCAUCGAUUAUCAAUAGGAUUUUGUUUUAGCGUUCCGUCGAAUGCACUCUAAAGGUUGUCGAUUUUAGCUAAACAGUAUGGCUUUCGACGCCCUUUUUGUGAUCGUGCUGUACAAUAUGUUUUCCAAUAAAUUCUUUCUGAACUUUUCUUUUUUUCAUCAACGGCACGUUAAAUUAGCUCUUCGUAAGAAGCUGAAUUGGCA